AUGCCAGGCAUCGUCGAGACUCCCACGGCUACCAGCGCAGCGCCGGCCUGGUCUACGCGAGACUUCACUGUCGCUCACCAAAAUCUUGAAUUAGAGGUGGACUUUGCUACGAAAAGUGUAAAGGGAAAGACUGAAAUAACUAUUCAUCCACACCAUAGAGAAUUCCGAGUCAUCAAGCUCAAUUUUCGCCAAGGACAAAUCAAACGAGUGAAUAUCAACGGGAAAGCAGCCACAGCCAUCAAGUAUACGGAUCCAUAUUCGACCCUUAACCUGUACGGCGUUCAAUAUCACCAACGGCUCUCCGACGAAGUCGAGAAAUUGCUCAGCUCGCCACCCGAACCCGAGCUUCUUAUCACAAUACCAAAGACACUGAAAAUCGAAGAGUUGGAUCCAUUUUCGUUGGAUGCCCAAGAUCGGCUGGCUCUUAGGUCAUCUAUAGGAAACCCAGACGAUGGCGAUGGACCUAGCGUGAAACCGGCGGAAACUUCCUUACCCCGUUACACCGCGCUCAACGUUUCUAUCGAAUUCACCGUGGAUAACGUGCGAGAUGGUCUGCAGUUCGUUGGAGUCGACAGCGAUGAUAGGCGAUAUCCACAUGCUUACACUACAAAUUCCACUGGGCCGGGUGCGGGUAGUUGUCUGUUCCCGUGUGUUGAUGAUCCACUGGUUAGAUGCCCAUGGGAUGUUACUAUCAAGUGCCCUUGCUCUUUGAAUGCUGUAUUUGAACGCAAAGUGCCCGAAAUAUCGAAGAGCCCUGCAACACAUAAAGUUCGACCCGGUGCCACACUCUCCGAUGAUGACAGUACGCUGGAUAUGACUGUUGUAUGCUCAGGUGACACGACCGAUGAAAUCGUCGACCCGAAAGACUCAUCUAGGAAGAGUGUCUCUUUCUCUAGUGUCUCCAAUAUUUCUGCUCAGCAAAUCGGGUUCGCCGUGGGCCCGUUUGAACAUGUCAACUUAUCACAGUUCCGCGAAAGUGAUCAAGAUGAGCAAUUGGGUGAUAAUGCGGUUCCCGUGGAUGCAUAUUGUCUUCCCGGCAGGACAAAUGAAGUCAAGAACACGUGUUUUCCAAUAGCGAAAGCUAUUGACUACUUUUCUGUGACAUACGGCUCGUAUCCUUACUCGGGUUACAGUCUCUGCUUUGUGGACGAUGCAGCUUGCGACACAGUAUCAACCGCCUCUCUUUCAAUAUGCAGCAAUCGUCUGCUGUUUCCAGAAAAUAUCAUUGAUCCCAUUUACGACUCGACGAGAAGUCUAGUCUACGCUCUAGCUUCUCAGUGGAUUGGUGUGAGCCUUAUUCCAAGAACACAAGCAGAUACAUGGGUCACCGUUGGCAUGGCCUAUUACAUUACCGAUACAUUCAUGAAGAAGCUAUGUGGGAACAACGAGUAUCGAUUUCGCAUUAAACAAAUGUCUGACCGGGUCUGUGAGCUUGAUUUUGAACGGCCAGCACUCUUCGACAUGGGCAACAUUUUGAAACUGGAUCCAUCCGAAAUGGAAUUCGUUGCCUUGAAAGCCCCUCUGAUACUUUUCAUUCUUGAGCGCCGUCUUGUCAAAAUCAGCGGAAAGCCAACUUUAUCACGAAUCAUAGGUCGUCUCCUGCUCAACAACCGUAUGGGAGACCUGACAAACGGAUCUGUCUACACACAGGGUUUCAUCAAAUUGUGUGAAAGGUUUGGACAUUGCAAACUGGAAGUCUUCUUCAACCAGUGGGUUUUUGGUGCUGGCUGUCCCCGGUUUACGGCUACUCAGCGUUUUAACAAGAAGAAAUUGGUAGUAGAGAUUAUGAUCAAACAAUCGCAAGGAGAACCCCAGCCACCUAAGAACCUCGAGAAAUCAUCAUUCUUGCGAGAUAUGAAGGAAGAAAUCCGCAGCAUUUAUGCAGCACCCGUUCAACCCAUCUUUACCGGUUCGAUGACGAUACGAAUUCACGAGGCUGACGGCACACCCUAUGAACACAUUGUUGAGAUAAAAGAAGCUGUUACCAAGUUUGAGGUACCAUACAACACUAAAUACAAGAGACUCAAACGGAAUAAGAGACAAAAAGAGCGUGUGACGCUAAAUGCAGGAGCUGAUUCAACUGCAGAAUCACAAGAUGAUGUCCUCCUUUAUUGCCUUGGUGAUGUACUACAGACUGAGGAGGAUAUGCAGGAAUGGAGGUUAUCAGAUUGGAGCAAAGAGGAGGAGGAACGCAUGGGUCAAGAAUCUUAUGAAUGGAUCAGGAUGGAUGCAGAUUUUGAAUGGAUCUGCAAAAUGUCUUUGGUCAUGCCAGGCUACAUGUAUCUGUCACAGUUGCAGCAGGAUCGGGACGUCGUCGCUCAACUCGAGUCGAUGCAAUACAUGGCUAUUCAAAAACCUCACCCGCUGAUAUCCACGAUAUUUGUUCGAACCCUGAUGGACAAACGCUAUUUUCAUGGCAUUCGUACUGCUGCAGCAUAUGCGCUAGUGAAACACGCAAAGGAGGAACUCGACUGGCUAGGUCUUUAUCAUUUGGAAAGAGCAUUCCAAGAACUAUUUUGCCUCCCAGGGACACACGUCACUCGUGACAACGACUUUUCCGAUCAUGCGUCGUACAUACUGCAGAAAGUUAUUCCUGAAGCAAUAUCGCGCAUCCGUGAUAACAAUGGAAAAACUCCGCUGAGGGUGAAACAGUUUCUAUUCGACAAGCUCAGAUUUAGCGACAAUUCGAAUAACGAGUACUCGGAUAACUUUUACAUUGCUUCUCUUAUGGCCUCGUUGGUCAAUGCUCUUGAGGGUCGCAUUGCAGAGACGCCAUCACAAGACGAUAUGGAGUUCGAUAUGGAUAAAGAACUGGAACGCCAAGCCGAAGACAAACUCGAGCAAGAUGUCAUUGCAGAAAUCGACAGAUAUAGGCGUAUGGACGAGUGGUCUAGCUCCUUCCAGAAUAUUUAUUCACGGACUGCGUUGCACUGCCAGUUGCAACUCACUAAAGCCAGGAUCAUGGAUCUUGACCUUAUUCACUUUCUACAAUACACACGGGCCGGAACAUUUGAUAUGCUGCGAAUAGACGCGUUUGAGUGUCUAGUAGAGCUGGACAUCUUCAAGACCCCCGAACUGCUUCGAUGGUUCAUUUUCAACAUGUCCUCGGAUAGUUCUGCGUGGGUUCGUCAACAACUUCAUUGCCUUUUCGGUAGGGCGCUUGCUACUGUCGCCUUUGGGACCGAUCAGACUGUGACCGAAUCUACACAAAGCGAGGGUGUUAUCAUUGAACAAGAAUCUACGACUGAUGUACGCCGUGCGAAUCUAGCCAGGAAACAGACAAUGUCUGGGGCUCUAGAGGCACUUAAACAGGAGCUAGCACAAAACACCACGUUGAAGGAAGCUCUAUGGGCCGCAAGCAAUUCCUCAUGUGUAGGCACUUUGGAGAUAUCCAACUAUGCCGAUCUAUGCCGGGUCUUGUACGAUGCGAAAACAUCUGUCCCUGUGAGGUUGAAGUACCCGCGAUACUGGAAAUGCCAGCGCAUUGAAGGUGGUCUGAUGCGAUUCUACAAAUCGAACCGGUACCGGGUAUCCCUAGGCCCUGCCAAAGACGCCAACGGAACAACUGUCGCAGGCGCAAAACGAAAGCGCGAAGAAACAGGCAUGCCACCACCUGGUCCUCGAAUUACUUUCAAACAAUCCAAAUCCAGCGUCGACAUUCAUAACAUUAGCAAGGUUCCUUCUAUGCCAACUCCUACCCCUCCUCCUGCUCCUCAACCCGAACAACGCAAAGUCACCAAAUUACGCAUUCCAAGCUUCAUUGCCAUGCCUCCUCCUGCUCCAAUCUCACAGUCCCCUGCCACGACUCCGUCCACUCCAGGUGGACUGAAACUGAAACUCAAAUUGGGCGGUCAAAAAUAAGAUUUAACGAAUCACCUUUUUUCAUCAAUCUAACCACAUUUACUAUUACACAACUGUGCUUUUCUUUUUUAGUAGCGACUCAAGCACCAGCAUCAGCAACAUCAUGGUUGUUCAUCGUCAUUAUUCAGUGCUACUGCGCAUACAGAUUACAAUUGUUGUAGUGUAGUGGUCCAGUUGCAUCAGAAACAAGCCAAUUCAAAGCUCAUACGUAUCUUG